AGAGAUAGGGAGUGAGAGAGGGGGAGAGAGCAAGAGAAUUUGCUCAACCACAGUCGCCGUGGCGGUGUGUGAGAGAGGAGUUGUAUCCUAGCCCUCUGUGGGAGUACGAUAGUGAGUGAGUGGAAAUAGGAAUGAUUCAUCCUCUGAGACCAGAUGAGCGACCAGUAAGAUUGCCCCUAGAAAAGCAACACAUCGAGAUGGCGAGGAUGGGUCCUAUUUGACCCACUUUUGAUUAUUAUUAAAGAAAACCGUUACUUGCAAGAAGAGAGUCAGGAUUUUAUUUUAAGGAAGAGGAGAAAACAUUGACAACGUUGAUUCUUUGUCCAUCUAUCUUUUUUUUUAACUGAAAGCCUUGAAGAUAAACUACUGAACUGUUGACAAGAGGAGAAUCCUUUCUUCAGCUGCAAACAGUCAAAGAGAAUGUUGCUGUUUGAUCAGAUGGCAGAGAACAAGGAGGUGUCUUUGCGGUUUUCUGUAAGAGGCUGAGACUUUGCUUGCCUUGGAACAUCUUUCGUCUUUGUUUUGUUUCUCUUUUUAUUUUUUCUCCAGUUGAGCUAAGCUCACGACCCUGAACAAAAAGCCAACAACUGUACUCCCACCAUGCUGUGUGGUCUUAGGAGAGAUCCAAAGAGCAGCAUUGACGAUGGGCCCUACUCCAAGGGAGGCAAGGACUCUGGGAGCGGGGACCACCACAGCCAUGCCUCCCAGAGACGCAGCCUCACAGAGGAGUACCGCGGGCUGACCACGGUGGACCUGAUGAAGAGGGAAGGAAGUAGCCUGGGCCUCACCAUCUCAGGGGGCUCCGACAAGGACGGCAAACCCAGAGUGUCCAACCUACGGCCAGGUGGGCUGGCUGCCAGAAGCGACCAGCUGAACGUGGGAGACUACAUCAAGUCUGUGAACGGCAUCAACCUGUGCAAGCUGCGGCACGACGAAAUCAUCAGCCUCCUGAAGAACAUCGGAGAGCGCGUGGUGCUGGAGGUUGAGUACGAGCUGCCCCAGACCGUCCAGAACCCUUCGGGGAUGCUCACCAAGACGAUAGAGGUCUGCUUACACAAGGAAGGGAACAGCUUCGGAUUCGUCAUGAGAGGGGGCUUCCAUGAAGACUGGCACAGGUCUCGCCCUCUGGUGGUGACCUAUGUUAGGCCCGGUGGUCCUGCUGACAGGGAGGGCACGCUGAAGGCGGGCGACCGCGUGCUGAGCGUGGACGGGCUGCCGCUGUCCAGAGAGAAGCACGCCGACGCCAUCGCCGCCCUGGUGCAGAGCAGCCAGGAGGCCCUGCUCCUUAUAGAGUACGACGUGUCCGUCGUGGAGGCAGUGCAGCAGGCGUCGGGCCCCCUGCUGGUGGAGAUAGCCAAGGGCCCCUCCAACGCCGGCCUGGGCAUCAGCCUCCACACCGCCGUGUUCAGGAACAAACAAGUCAUCAUCAUAGACAAGAUCAAGGGCGCCAGUGUGGUGGAAAGGUGCGGCGCGCUGCAUCUGGGUGACAUCCUGCUGUCCAUAGACGGCACCAGCACGGAGCACUGCUCGCUCAUGGAGGCCACGCAGCUGCUGGCCAGCACCGCCGACGUGGUCAAGCUAGAGAUGCUCCCGGCCAAUCAGAGCAGACUUCCCAUCAGGCCCCAGGACACGGUCAAGGUGCAGAAGAGCAACCAUCAUCACUGGGAGCAGAGCUACUGCCCCCCUCCUCCUCUACCUCCUCCACUGCAACACGCGGGCCACGGGAAGCCAUGGAACAGCCCGAGCCACUCACACAACCACCAGGACCACUGCAAAUCUCUGGUGAGCGGUGGCUUCUCCCCUUCCUCCACAGUCACCUCCGGGUUCAGCAGCCAGGGCAGCAGCAGCCUGCCCUGCCCCGCGCCCAGCGUGGCCCCCGGCAGCCCCCGCGGCUCCACGGGCAAGAGACGGCACCGCACCAAGGACCACAAGAGCUCCCUGUCUCUGGCGUCCAGCUCGGUGGGCCCGGGUGGGCAGGUGGUCCACGUGGAGACCAGCGAGGUGGUCCUGCGGGGGGAUCCGCUUACGGGCUUCGGCCUGCAGCUGCAGGGGGGGGUCUUCGCCACCGAGGCUCUGUCGGCGCCCGCGGUGGUCCGCUUCAUCGAGCCCGACAGCCCCGCCGAGAGGUGUGGGCUGCUGCAGGUGGGGGACAGACUGCUGUCCAUCAACGGCAUCCCCACGGAGGAGGGCACCCUGGAAGAGGCCCACCAGCUGCUCCGAGACGCCGCCCUGGCCAACAAGGUCACUCUGGAUCUGGAGUUUGACGUUGCAGAGUCGGUGGUUCCCAGCAGUGGCACCUUCCACGUUAAGCUCCCCAAGCGGAGAGGAGUGGAACUGGGGAUCACUAUAAGCGCAAGCAAGAAACCAGACAAGCCUCUGAUCAUCUCUGACAUAAAGAAAGGCAGCAUAGCACACAGAACAGGCACCCUGGAGCCCGGGGACAUGCUGCUGGCCAUCGACAACGUGCGUCUGGAGCGCUGCACCAUGGAGGACGCCAUGCACGUCCUGCAGCAGGCCGAGGACAUGGUGAAGCUUAGGGUGCAGAAGGACGAGGACAACAUGGACGAGCUGGAAAUGUCGGGGUCCAUCAUCUACACGGUGGAGCUGAAACGCUACAAUGGGCCUCUGGGCAUCACCAUCUCGGGCACGGAGGAGCCCUUCGACCCCAUUGUGAUCUCUGGCCUCACCAAGAAGGGUCUGGCGGAGAGGACCGGUGCCAUCCAUGUGGGGGACCGGGUCCUGGCGAUCAACGGGGUCAGUCUGAAGGGGAAGCCGCUCAGCGAGGCCAUCCAUCUGCUUCAGAUGGCCGGCGAGUCGGUCACGCUGAAAAUCAAGAAGCAGGUGGACAAGCGAGAAGCCCAGCAGUCUGUAGAGCAGACAGGGUUCCUGAGCGACCCAGAGGAGGACUUCCUGAACGACUCCCAGAAGGCCAGCAAGUGCUGUGAGGUCUAUUCGGCCAACGUUCCCAGUAUAGACUCGGCCAUGAGCUCCUGGGACGGCUCCGGGUUCGAUGCCGGAUACUGUAGCCAAGGGACGUACCUCCACAAGGCGUCGGACCUGACGCUGAAUCCCAGCGAGUGGCGGCACACCAAACACAGAGGCAACGCCGGCAGCACGCGGCAUCAGCACGCCACCGCUGCGUACGACCGCAGGUUCACCGAGGAGGAGUGGGACAAGGGGCCUGGAUUUGUCAGCCCCCCUCGUGGCCACGGCACCCUCCCCCACCAGGGAGACAGCUUCUGGUCCCAGGCCCUGCAGGACCUUGAGACCUGUGGGCAAUCGGAGAUCAUCAGAGAGCUGGAGGCCUCCAUGACGAGCAGCAACCUUAGCCUGUACUUGGACGAGACAAAGUCCCACGAGGACUCUGUGUUCCAGACCACGCUGAGGAGGGAGGGGCCCCGCGACGAGCCCAGGGCCAAGGGCUCACUGGGCCGCUCCGCCGGGGCCAGGCAUGCCCCGGCAAUGGGCAGCAUGGGGAACGGAGGCCUGACCGAAAACUUGUCCCCCACCGCUCUGGAGCUGCACAAGGUGACCCUGAGGAAGGGCCGUGAGAGCAGCGACUUUGGCUUCAGCGUGUCGGACGGCCUCCUGGAGAAGGGGGUGUUCGUCAACAUGAUCCGUCCGGACGGCCCCGCCGACCAGGCGGGGCUGAAGCCCUACGACCGCAUCCUGCAGGUGAACUGCGCUCGGACCAGAGACUUUGACUGCUGCCUCACCAUCCCCCUCAUCAUGGAGGCAGGGGACGCCCUGAGCCUGGUGAUCAGCCGGAACCCAUCGGGGCACGACAACGGGCUCCCGGACAGUCGUGAGGACCACUUCAACGCUGGGUUCUGCUUGCCGGAGCGCCGGUCCAACAGCGUGGCACUGUGACCAAGGUCAAUGAUCCCAGCAAUAAACAUUAGGCUUUUGGAAUGCUUGGCCUAGCACAAAAACACAACACACAUGCACACAAACACUCACAUGUGUACAGCCACAUCCACAUCAAGCAUGUCACGCACACGGGUUUUGAGUUUGUUGUUAUUGCGCAUUCAGCCCCCUCCCCCACACACACCAUUGCACUACUUACUCGUAGCUACACAGCAAAUCAACAUGCACAGAAUUGUUCCUUGCACAAAUUUCUUCACUCACUCGUGUGUGUUACAGUUUAAGGCACCCGCUCACAUUCACUCCUGCUUGUUCCAGAGCAGCCAGAGCCAUCCCCUCGGAGGCAAAACACACACACACACACACACACACACACACACACACACACACACACACACACACACACACACACACACACACACACACACACACACACACACACACACACACACACACACACACACACACACACACACACGCGCGCACACACCGCACGCACAACAUUACAUAACCAGGGAUUCGUAGCUCCUGACUUAGCCGGCGCUAAAUACACACAUCUCGCAUGCAAAACACGACUCAGGAUGCAUUUGAACACAACACGCACACUUUUCCCUCACAAAAGUCCCCAACCACUGUGUCUUUGAUGGCUUUGCUUUGUCAGUUUGAGUCAGCAACACGCGUGGCGUUUUUUGGGACGUUUUACGACACAAGCCUCCUGGGUUCACGCACCUGGGCACAUCGUUUGAUUUUUAUUAUUUGAUUUUUCUCCACCAUUGUACAAGCGCACCACAUGCACACUUGUGUAAGCCAGUGAUGUUUUUUUGUUCAGACUUAUUACCGUCAAGCUCACCAAUCCCUGUCACUUACCAAUCGAUCAAAUAUGGUGUGAUCUAACCCUAAACAUCCAUGAAAAUGGCAAUGAGAAUUAAUGGCUUCCAAAGUUUGUUUGCGUUUUGAAGUUUUGUAUUUUACACAUCAUCUUUGCCUUUUAUGUUAUUUAAAGACAUUUUCUCUCUUAUUGAUGUUCUGGAGAUCAAAGUCUGUUUUUGAUUAUUUCAUUCCUUAUCCAAGUUGGGGUUUAUGUAAACAGCUCCAUGAGGCAAUGCACCAGAGUGACCGGCCGUGACACUGACUUUGGUGUUUCUCUAAUGCUCUGUGGUUGGAGAUCAAUCAGUCCGGUGGCCCAUAUGGGAUGAAUAACACAUGUUUCAUCAAUGAACAGUAAAUAAUUCUGUUGUUGUGGUGUGGAACGUAAGAGUCAAACUCUUGUUUUAUGAGGCAUUUCUCCCCACAACGGUUGUCCCCUGAUGUAUGUAUGAGAUACUGUGCAUGCUCAGCAUGCAUCCUAAGGACCAGUCCUCCAACCGUUUGCCCAUGUUCCUGAGAGGUUUUGUGAAGACCAAGACAGGUUUAGUUUCUAGCCGACCACUUCAGAGAAAAUCUGAGUCUACUUUUAACAAUGUGUUAACUGCCAUAAAUAGGCUACGUGGGGAUAUUUAAGCCACAUUCCCGUUUCUAUGCAGCUUUGGAGGGGUCUUAGACCUUGGGACAGUAUUUUUACAAGUUAUUUCCAUAUGUUAGGUAUUCAGUGUCGGUGUGUUCAGCUGCCAGUAUUUAUGCUUUUAUUUGACAUGGCCAAGAUUCAGAAACCUUGUGUUCCAAAACCACAUAGCCUGUAAUCGUAGUUUUAUUUUUUUACUGACAUGCAUGUGUGCUCUGUGUGAGAUGUGAAUGAUGUUGUAUAGUUUUGUCCCCCCUGACCCCCACCAUUCUAUGAUAGAACUUUAAAAGGGAAUUUAAGAUUAUUUUUGUUAUACUUUAAUAUAAACUAAUGUAUUUCUUUUAAUUAAAUUCCAUGUGAAAUUAAACCUCUUAAGUCAA